CCGACCCAAUUAAGUGGACAGGCAAUGCUGCAACUACCGAGCGUACAGAUUUCGUCAACUCGCUCACGAUUGGCAGAUCGAGACUAAAACUACGUAACGCAUCGAAGCAAGACGAAGGUCAACUGUGUUGUGUUCAGAGUGGGCAUUCGGACUGCCGUCAUCUUCUUGUGGUAGACAAACCAGUUGUCACGUUGUCUGGCUUAGGAGAGAUAGAAUGCAGAAAUAGUAGAGACAAAGGCAGCAAGAAUGUCUCUAUCCAAUGUAAUAUGACUUCAGCCAUCCACACAGAUUUUCUUCAAGGCUUUAUGCAAGUCUUCAAAAACAAGAAGGACACUGUGAGUUACGACAACAGUCCCUCAAAUAGCACAAGACAAGAUGCAUCUGGAAAUACUCUCUAUACUAUGGCUUAUGAAUUUUCAGAAGAAAUGCUCUACGGUGACUCCCUGGAUUGUCGAUGGACUCGUGAAGACGGCAAUGUAUUAGAGUCUGAGACCAAAUUUGUAAUCGAAUUUUGUAAGAGUUUGGAGCCACCUACUAGUUUCGAUAUAAAACUUACUAGUGAAGCCCCAGAAACAAACACAACGAUGGACACCAUAACAGAAAGGCAAGGCAAUAAUUGGAUUAUUAUUCUCUGUGUAUCGAUAUCAGUACUAGCAAUUGUGCUACUUGCAUUUGGUCUAGUCUGUUGCUAUCGUUAUCAAAGAAGAUCACGUAAUUCAUUCCCGUCUGAAGACAUGGAACUUCAAUCACCUGAGCCGCAAGCAGGUUUAUCAGAUGAUGAUGAAGGUCUUGAAGGGUCGCCAAACCAUGCAACUACAGAGACAUCAAGUCACUUGUCACCUUCAGACAGUUCUCCACUAGUAGGAAAUUGCCUAAACCCAAUUUCUGAGACAGAGACAGGUAGUCGACCUACUAGUGAAAUACUCGACGAGACUGAGAAUAAUGUAAGUCCUAGAAGAAAUACAUCAAUUGACAAAGAAUUUCAAUCACCUGAGCAACAUGAAGUGCAAUGCAGACGACAGCGGUCAUUUCCAGCAAAGAAAACUGAAAUUCGUCGAAUUAUUGAUGACUGGCCAACUGACCUCGAGCAAAUUAACGAGUUUGUUUGUGGUCAAAAUAUGUUGGAUCUGUCAAGGAGUUUGGGCGAUAGCUGGUGGAUGCUAGGUCUCCGUCUAGGCCUCACUUAUGCAUGCCUCGAAAACAUAGAAUACGAUCACCAUAAAGAUCAAGAGGCUCAAGGAUUCCAGAUGCUGCUAGAGUGGACAAAACGUCAGGAAGCGACGAAAUCUAAGCUGUGCCAAGCUGUGGAGCAGUUAGACACGUAGGAGAUGUGCCACGCUUUCUGGACACAAGAGUGAGAAUUUGAAGACUCGUAGACAAUACACUUUUUCUUUACGGUUGUGAUUGUUGCUGUCAUCAGUACUAGAAUUGGCGAUGAAAGUCUGCUGCAUGCAUCAUUGUACUGCAUCACUGUAUGAUUGUAUUAUGCAUUUUUGUACCGUACCUUACCUUACAUGUGUAGUCUAUUGACCGAUCAGACUCAACAACAAGUGUUCUGCAGGCUCAC